AUGACAAUUAUCAAUGUAACAGUAAAAUGGAAGAGCAACAUUUAUAAUAAUCUAGAGCUCAAUGUAGCUGAACCAGUCAUAUUAUUUAAGCAGCAGUUGUGCAAACUAACGAAUGUACCUCCAGAAAAACAAAAACUCAUGUAUAAGGGACUAAUAAAGGAUGAUGCAGACUUGUCUAAGUUAAACAUAAAAAAUAACGACAAAAUUAUGCUAGUCGGUUCAGCAGAAAGUUUAGUAGAAAAACCUCAUAAUGUAGUGUUUAUUGAAGAUUUAUCAAAAGAAGAUAAGGAAAAAUUACAUGAAAAAGAAAAUAUAAUUUUUGAAGAUCAAGGUAUAGUAAACUUAGGAAAUACUUGUUAUUUUAAUGCCGUAUUACAGUUCUUAACAUCUUUUGAUGAUUUAGGAGAAUUUCUUAAAAACUUUAAAAGAAAAGAAAAAUUUUUAUUAAAAACACCGAAAGAUAUGUUAUUUGAUUGUUAUAUUCAUUUUUCUCAAACCUUUGGAAAAUCAUCAGAACCAUAUGUACCACUUGAAUUGUUAAAAUCAUUUAGGGAAGUUUUUCCAAAAUUUAAAAGCGUAAAUUUAAGGACAAAACAAUAUGCUCAACAGGAUGCUGAGGAAUGUAUGAAUGCAAUUCUUAAUUCUCUAAAUGAAGAAAGCGAAUGUAAAAUAAUUGAUGAAUUGUUCUCCUUCAAAAUUGUUAGUAAAAUUAAAUUAAUAGAAAAUGAUGCCACUGAAAAUGAUGGUUCAAGUACGAUUAGCGGUAUUGAGAAGGAGAGUGCUGCAAAAACAAUGCCAACUAGCGAAAAUGUAACAGAACAAAACUCAAAUACAGUCUUACAGGAAGAGUAUGAAACAACCGAAGAGUUUCACAAUAAAUUAAUAUGUUACAUGGGAACUCAUGCUACCCCGGUAAAUCAUAUGCAUGAAGGAAUACACUUAUCCUUAAAUGAAAAAAUUCGAAAAAAUAAAGCAGCAGAUAGUAAAGAAGACGCAUUAUAUGAAAAGAAAUCAGAAAUUAAUUCCUUACCACCUUAUCUUAUUGUCCAUUUUUUACGAUUUGAAUCAAAACGAAUAGUAGAGUCAAAUAAUGGUGUUUCUGUAGUUACUGCCAAAAUAUGUAGAAAAGUAAGCUUUCCAGAAACUUUUGAUAUAUAUGAUUUCUGUUCAGAAAAUAUAAAAAGUCAGUUGAAGAUUGCUAGGAAUAUAAUUAUGAAAAGGAGGGAACCCAAAGGGGGCGAUAUUUCACCUCCCCUUGAUAUGGUUAACUUAUCACAGGAUAGGGACAAAAGUGAUACGGCGAAAAAUGAGGAGGUGAAAAAUGAGGAGGUGAAAAAUGAGCAGACAAGUAACAAAAAGGACAAUGACCAAAAAUGUGAUAAAAAAGAGGGUAUGAAUAUCCCUACGGGGGAAUACGAAUUAAUUUCCGUCAUUACACACAAGGGAAGAAAUGAAGAGAGCGGUCAUUACAUUGCUUGGAAAAAAAUGAGAAAAUGUAUAAUCCAAGAUUGCAGAACGGAUGAUAUGGAUCAAAUAAAUAAAAAAAAUACAUCCUCCAACGAUGCAGUAUGGUAUAAAAUGGAUGAUGAUAAAGUAAGUACAUGUAAAUUCGUUUCCAAUGAUUUAUGUGGUGGAUGCAGUGAUUUUAAUAUAGCCAUUUUGUUAUUAUAUAAAAGGAAAACCUUAUCCUGCACACAGGAAGAAAUAGAUAAAUAUGAUAUGUGA